AUGGUUGACGUCAAUCAUGUGGUGUUUCCCUGGCUAGUCAAGUACGUCGCUUGGUCUGCGGCGAGGUUUCAAGUGAGAACCGCCGACAAAAUGACCGUGUACAAGAUAGUCAAUGGGGUAGAAUACUUGAGCCCCAUAUGCAAAUUUGGGGAAACAGUCAUGGCAAAACUUCCGAAACCAGGCACCAAGGCGCAACGCCGUUGGAUACGUGGGAUAUGGGUUGGUCGUCUGGAGCGCGACAACACCAACAUUAUACUCACGGAGGCUGGGGCAUUGAGUGUGCGGUCUGUCCGCCGUUUACCACCAGACGCGCAAGCUAACAGAACCCUGAUGGGGACCGUAGCUGGCGUGCCAUGGGCACUGCGACAAGGAAGGACGUUGCGGCAAGCACCCGCCCUGCAGGCGGAACCUUUGGUGCUGCCAGCGCCGCCACUCAUGCAAGCCGAAACCGAAGGCGACCACGUGGAGCAAGAGGGCGCAGCGCAAAUCCCCUCAAUGGCCCACGAUGGACCCGAAGAAAGAAUGGACAAAGACGCGUUGGACGUUGAAGGCGCCGCAGCCGCGGAAAGCCUCGAACCACGCGAAGACAUGGACGUUUUCGAUGGCGAUACCGGCGCGGGAGUUCUCGUCUCACCCGAAGAAACCGCUGAGGCCGAAGCUAUUCGAAAUGCAGCGCCAUCGAGUCCCACAACGUCGGAUGGCCCAUCCGCAGAAAGCGCGGGAGCCGCCGCCGGAUCACCUAGAGCACCAGCAGGGAUGGCUUAUCCCACGGGGCUGGGCGAAGGGGGGCUGGCGACCAAGCGUUCAGGCACAGCGCCACCUGCGGAAGAGACCAGGCCGCCAAAGCAACCCAAGGCCGAAGCCAAGAAGUCCCAACGUGUAGGCAAACUACAGGUGCAAGAUCUGUGGAAAAAGGUGGAGGAAUGGGCCAAUGCGGACGACCCCGCUGUAGCGCAGCAGAGGCUCGCCACGGUGAUGGAAUACCUCGAUUCCGUGCCCGACCCACAGCAGAUCCAGAAAGCACGCGAAGAGCAACUUUGGAAGCUCUGGCGGCUGAACGCCUUCACACCGGUGAUGCGAUGGGACAAGCCGGCAGACGCCCAGACCUUUCACUACAAGUGGGUGGACAAGGUGAAAGACGGCGUGUGCAAAAGCAGGUUUACCUGCGCCGACGCACGACGAUCCUAUACCCCAGAAAUGGAGCAGGACAUGCGUGUCUUUGUUCCUACCCCUACUCCUGAAGCACACGCACUGCUCGAAAUAACGGCUCUGCAAAGAGGCUGCACCAUGAGAACCUUCGACAUCGUUGCUGCUUUCCUGAUCGGCAAGGACCGAGGGGCGCAGAACGAAAACUGGGUCUACAUGCGACCGCCAGCCGAGUGGAAGCCCAUUUUCGACCAGUGGGUGCGGGAGCAACCGCCGUCUGAGCAGUCCAAGCUCAGAGGACAAUUUGCUGACAUGCUGUUCAGGCUCGAUGGAAAUUUGUAUGGUCGAAGAACAGCUGGCUCCGUCUAUCGAGACGAGCUGGAAGAGCUGUUAUGCCACAAAUUGUCACAGACCGGCCGGUAUGCUUUCAAAAGAGGGGUAAAAGAUCCAUGCAUCUACAGAUGCAUGAAGACAGGUAUCAUAGUGGUCCAUCACAUCGAUGACGGAAGAUGUGCGGGGAACGCCGCCCUGCUGAACACCUUCCUGGACGAGGAUAUGUGCAGCCACUGUGAAAUCACCACCGGUCCUCUUGAGGCCGAAGGUGUAUCGGUAGAAGUUUUGGGAAAAACCAAAACACGCUUAGAGGGCUGCAUCCUAACAGCCCCGGACGCAAAGCAUGCUCGAAACAUCAUCGAAGCACUCGGUCUGAAGCCCGGAGAGAAAUCUCCAGUGCCUUCUCGCAAACCCGAUCUCUCGGACGUGACGCCGUUGAGUGCGGGGGAUGCCGCCAAAUACCGAUCCGCUGUGGGGUCCGGAAUUUACCUUUCGGCCGACAGACGUGACAUUCAGUAUGCGGUGAAAGAGUUGGCGAGGCAUAUGGCCGAACCCAGACAGUGCGACAUGCAACAAGCACGACUGCUGGGAAAAUACCUGCAACAAGCGCCCGACCUUGUUCGAGUCACUGCACUCGACCCAAGCGCGUACGAAGGGCCCAUGACGCUCGACGUCUUCAGUGACAGCGACUGGGGAGGAUGUGUUGAAACCCGGCGAUCCACAGAUUGUCAUGUGGUGGUUCUGGGAGGAGCAAUUGUCGCCACAUCCACGCAGACCCAGCCGGGAUUGCCUGCCACCAGCAGCCCUGACGCUGAGUUAAGAGGCAUCAGCCGGGCCUGUCGCGAGGCCAUCUUCGUUCACGAACUGGCGACCAUGGAUUUUGGGCUGGAGGUGGAAAUCCCACGCCUGUGGUCAGACAGCUCCACUGGCAUCACAGCCGCAAAACGCAUAGGGCCAGGAACCAAGCUACGCCAUCUGGACGUGAGCGAAUUCUACGUCCAAGGGGCAGUGCAGGCCGGGAAAGCGCUGUUGCGAAAAGUCAAAGGAACUGAGAAUCCGGCGAAUUUUCUCACCAAGCACCCAAAGUCCGGAAACGAAGUGCUACAAGCUUUACCUUCGUUGGGCAUGGUGGACCCCAAACAUGUUGCGGGCGCCACCGCCCAGGAGAAACACACGGUGAAGUUUGUGCGGGUGAAUCCGCCUACGAGCUGGAAACCCGUAUUUCCGUUCAAGCCUACGCUCGCAAUCGCGGGUAUCACUAUGGCUUCACAGAUCUUAGGAGUGAAGGCCCAGCCAAGGGAGAAAGAACUCCUAGAGCUGGUGCUGGAUGCCACUUUGUGGCUGGGACUCCUGGGAUGGUUUGUUUUGCUCUACCACAUGGUGAAGGGCACUGUGAGGGGAACUCUGGCUAUAUACAGGAGGGUGAACCGACACCGGCAACAUGAAGAAGAGCCGGAACCGGAAGCGUCGGAGGACGAAGCUCCAACGCAGGCCGCGGAAAACGCGCCACCUCCACUCGAGGACUUGUUCCGAGAGGGAGUGCGGGCACCUCCGCCUCGGGACCUGCGACCCCCAGCUCCUGAGCCAGAACCUCCAGAGGUGGGCCAACAGGCAGCAGCUUCUGCCUUACCACCACAAUCCGCACAGGGAGAUCAGCAGCGACGAGCACGUCGAAGAACUAGACCACAGGUACCCCAGAGAGAACCAGGGGAGAUCUACUAUGCGCCUUACCGAAGGACAGCACAUGUAUUCCGCAACUGCUCUGGGCUAAGUUCAACCCAGCAGCAAGACAUCGUGGUCGAACAGUUCUGUGCCUACUGCCUGGAAAACUUUCCCAGACACCUCAGGCUCGAGAACGAACCUCGGGUAUGGGUGACAGGGACGAAUCUAAGGGCACAUAUCUUUCAGAAUUGCCCUGAACUCCAAGGAUGGCAGAGAGCGAUUCCGAUGUGCAAUCACUGCAGUUUGAGACACAUCUCGCGAGAUCCCUGA